CUCCCUCAAUUAGAUAUACUACCUUUCUAUUCAUGGAGACCACAUUUGUACAUUCAUGCAUUGUAUCUCUCUCAAUUUAAGUUUGUUCUUAUCUCUACGAAUCACAAUUUGUCCUUUAAUUUUCAAUGGUCCACAUCCAAAUAUAUAUUGUACACAAAGAAAAUGAUUUUCUCCUGUUUCUUCAUUUUCAUUACAACCUUAACUAUUUUCUCCCAGAAAAUAUGGAAGUCUAAACUGUGUAAACUUGUGUAUCUUUGAAGAUGAAUCAGUGUGUACCAAGCUCGGAGCUUGAAUAUCAGAAUCCCACCACUCCUAGUCUCACUCUUCCUGCUCCUUCAAACUUCAAUUCCUUGACCCCUCAAGUUCCUUCGUUGGACUAUGAAGUAGCAGAGUUAACGUGGGAAAAUGGGCAGCUAGCCAUGCAUGGUUUAGGCCCUCCGAGGGUGCCUAAUAAAGCUACUACCAAUUCCUCGCCCACAAAGUACACUUGGGAUAAGCCACGGGCCGGUGGAACCCUGGAGUCAAUAGUCAACCAAGUCACACGCCUCCCGGACAGUAAGUCAACCGUGGAUGGAGGUGGAAUCAGUGGUCCUGAGCUGGUGAAAUGGAUUGACAACCACCACUCUCUGGCCAAUCACGCCGUCGGUGCUUCAGUCCCCGAUUUCCUAGUGCCAUGCACUAAUACUAUCAGCAGAAAUGACAAUCAAGAAACUUCAGCUACACGAGUGAUGGAAUCCGUGCCGGGAAUUGGCACGUGCGUGGUCGGAUGCUCCACCGGUGUGGGAUCUUGCAGCGGCACCGGCUUAAGGGGCUCGAGGAUAGCACGUGUGGGAAUGAAUAAUUCACACAAAUGGCCGAGACCUGAGCAAAGCAUGAGUGGGAGCGCCACGUGUGGGAGAGAGAGUCGUCAAGUCACACUUGACAGUUGCCAAAAAGGACUUGAUGCAAGGUUCACCUCCACAGCUUCGUUGGGUUCGCCGGAAAACACCAGCUCCGCCAAAGAUUGUUCCAAAACCGCAGAGGACCAUGACUCGGUUUGUCACAGCAUAACAAGGACUGUGGCCGGUGAUGAGGAGGGGAAGAAGAAAGGACACGGAAAAUCCUCGGUUUCUACCAAAAGAAGCCGCGCAGCUGCAACUCACAACCAGUCUGAACGUAAAAGAAGAGACAAAAUUAAUCAAAGGAUGAAGACUUUGCAGAAGUUGGUCCCCAAUUCAAGCAAGGCGGAUAAAGCCUCGAUGCUCGAUGAAGUGAUAGAAUACCUGAAACAACUUCAAGCUCAAGUUCAGAUGAUGAGUAGAAUGAGUAGAAUGAACAUGUCAUCUAUGAUGUUGCCUUUGGCAAUGCAACAACAGCUUCAAAUGCCUAUGAUGUCUCCCAUGGGAAUGGCCGGAAUGGGAAUGGCUCCUAUGGGAAUGGGAUUCAUGGACAUCAACACAACUGGCCGUGCCGGAAUGCCUCCGGUUCUUUCUCCUCCUGUGGCAGCCUUCAUGCCUGUGCCAUCGUGGGAUAAUCCCGGUGAUUGUUUGCCACCAACUUCGGUAAUGCCAACAGACCCCUUAUCGGCAUUCCUAGCAUGCCAAUCACAGCCAAUGACUAUUGAUGCUUAUACCAGGAUGGCUGCUUUGUAUCAACAGUUCCAACAACAAAAUGGUCCUAAUUCAAAAAAUUAAUCACGAAGGGCAUGUUUGGUAUAUAUAAUAUUGGACGACUCAUUCUGCAAGAUGGAUAUGACUUCAAUAUUGUUAUAAUUCUAUAAUCAUGUUCGUUACCGUGUUGAGUCCGACCUACAAAAAUUGCCAGAACCAUGUUGAAAUAUGUACCUUCAGUAUGUCCUUUUAAUUUGCUUUCUCCAA